AUGGCGUCCGGCAACUUCUUGAUCCACCAAGGACGUACUCCUUCUGACGGUGCGGCAUCUCAGGAUAGCCGUCAUGCGAACCGAUUGAAUAUUGGGGCGUCCUCGUCCCCUUGGGUGCAGUCAGUCUGGAGUACUCCUCCUCGUCUAUUGGACCUUCGAAGAGAGAAUCUCAAUCAGCCCGUCUCCAAUCGUCUUAUCGAGGGCCCGGAACAUCUGGUUAACUAUUCACCCUGGCUACAGGACAACACCGCCAGCCCGAAUCGGAGCCCAUUUCUCAACCCUAUUUUCCCAUCUCCAUCUAUUCAGGCAAUCCGUACUCCUCGAAUCGUGACACCGCCGUCCAGUUCGGGAGGUGACCAAGGAUACGUCCCAAUGGGCCAAUGGUCUACCUGGCGCGCCAGAAAUGAACUAUCUCCCGAAGUCUGGAACUUCCAGCUUGCCGCCACGGGCAUAUCCCACAACUACGGCGGCAACAUCUUCCUGUCUUCUAACCAGUCGGCCGACGUCCCCGAAGAGCAGAGCACCUCGGUCUGGAUGACGAACCUCCCGCCUAACUGCACCCACCAGAUGCUCCUGGGCUCUAUCCGCAACUGCGGCAAGGUCUUCGCCACCGUCAUCAACCCGCCGGACGAGUCCACCGGCCGGUACCGCCAGCGCGCGCCGCACACGACCUCCGCGUCGAAGCUCGUGUUCUUCGACCGCUCCGGGGUCGACAACCUGCUCGCCAAGGCGCAGGCCGGCGAGUUCUCGGUCGAGGGGUACGUGCCGCGCGUCAGGAUGAACCGGAUCCGCUCGGCGGCUCGGGACCCCGGUCCGCACUGCCGGGUCAUCCACAUCGAGGGCCCGAGCCGGCUCGUGAACGAGCGGUUCCUGCACGCGUUCUUCACGUCCAAAUUCAACUACGAGCUGGAGGCCGUGCUCACCUUGUCCAGCAACCCGUGGUACACCCGCCAGGAGUGGCGCUUCGGCAGCUUCCGAUGCCAGGCCGAGUCCGCGCGGCAGUCCAUCAACCGCGAGAAGCAGCGCACGGACUUGGCGGACGCCGAGGCGCGCGACUGGAAGGAGGUCCAGGUUUACUUCGGCGUCGACCCUUGCGCUCCCCAGAGUAGCGCGUCGCUCCACCAGGCAAUGGCCUAA